AUGACGAAAGAUCAAGAACUGGAAAAUGUAGUCAUCAUCGGUGCAGCCACCGCCGGUAUGAAUCUCGUUUUAUCCCUUCUUAAAAGCCUCCCUUGCACCCAUCGCAUCGUCCUUAUCGAAGCAAACCCUGUGGGUUAUUGGUCUAUCGGUGCACUACGAGCUUCUGUUCUCCCUGGGUUCGAGGAAAAGGUGGUACAUGAUUUGACCCCGACAACGGUGUUCGGUUCUGCUUCCACCCGUCACAUCCUCCUCUCAUUCACGCGAGUGGUUGAUAUCCAGCCCGACUAUGUUGUCGUCGACAAGGACGUCACUUCCACUCUCCCCGGAUCUGAACUUGUUGAAGGCGGCAAGAGUAAGAUCAGAGUAGACAAAGCAGUUUUGGCGGUGGGGUCGGACUAUGGAUUCCCCGCGAGAAUUACUCCAGGUACACAGACCAAGGAGCAGGUACUAGAUGGAUUUAGGAAGAUGCAGCGAGACAUAAGCGCCGCACAAGAGAUAUUAGUGGUUGGUGGAGGUCCCACAGGAGUAGAAUUCGUGGGUGAAGUAUUGGAUGUACAUCCGAACAAAGUUGUUACCCUUAUCACUCGUGGUCCUGGUCUCGUCACCACCGGAAAAGAUUCUUUUGGCGGGCUUAGUGCUAAACUUCUCUCCCAACUCAAGAGUAAAGGUGUGCGGGUGAUUCUAAACGACUCGCUCUCCUCCUCUUCCCUUGAAGGAGUUAGAAGCGGCCCGAUCGAGCCUCGAACCUUCACAAGUGAAAAGGGAGAGGAGAUUUCAGCAGACUUUAUCCUCCUUUGCUCCGGUGGCCGUCCAAAUACCUCCUGGCUCCAACAAUCUCACCCCGACAUUGUUGAUCCUUCAACCUCCCUCAUUAAAGUCGGUCCUACCUUCGAGCUGAGCACUAAAGGCUGGGACAGAUAUUAUGCGGUGGGGGAUGCAUCUAACAGCCCCGGUCCAAAAGUCUCAUUCAUGGCAGCACAACACGCACCCUUACUAGCAACCAACCUCGUCACCUCCAUCAAAGGCGAAUCCGAAGCAAGGCUCAAAAAAGCUGGUGGACCAGCAAUGACCGUCAUCAGCGUUCCCUUGGGCAAAAGCGGAGGAGCGAGUUAUUUGGGUUUCGGAAGUGUGGGAGGGUGGUUAACGGGUGCAGUGAAGGGCAAGAGUUUGUUUGUUGGUCAGUUUGAGGGCUGGUUCAAGGCAUGA